UGCAAAAUGUUAGAUCAACACAAACAAGAUGACCACCUCCACCUCCAACCAUGGAUCAAGCUUCCACCACUGGAUUUUCUUACAGCAAGCCGAUCUUGAGGAGCUCAUGAACGUUCUAACCACAGUCUCGGAAGCCGACAUCGAACUGCUCCAUCGUGUCAGUCAGAAAACCAUCCAACACCUCAGUGACUACCAGCAAACGAGGUCGGUUCACCACGGUGGUGACGCGCUAUCGAUCUACAAACCGUCAUCGUUCGAAAACUCGUUGUUUUGGAUUGGUGGACUCAAGCCUUCCAUCUAUAUCCGUCUUGUGUACUCCAUUGCAGGAAUUGAUUCUAAAAAGCUCGAAUUCGAACUUUCGAAAUUGCUUAUUAUUGGCGACAGAAUUGGGAGCAAAAGGGAGAUGGAAUGCAGUGACAUGCAAGUGAAGUUAAUAGAAGCUCUUCAUGUAGAAACGGUUAAAAGUGAAGACAAGAUUUCUUCCAGGAUGGCUAACUUGCAGGAAUGCGUGGCGAUUGAGCCGCUAGUGAUCGGUUAUUCGGACGGUGUGGAGCAGGCUCUGGAGGCUCACAGGGUGGCGUUCAAUGAGGUUGUGAUGGAUGCUGAUGAACUUAGAGUUAAGGUGUUGAAGGAACUUGUUGAUCAUAUUUUGACACCACUUCAAGGGGUUCAUCUUCUUGUUGCAUCAACUAGACUUCAUCUCUCCAUUCAUGAGUGGGGUAAAAGAUAGAAAUAAAAUACGAAUACUUUUAUGUCUUUUUGUAUGAUAAGGCUUUGAUGAUGAACACUAACAUUAGUGUGUUUUAUGUCAAUUAUCA